AUGCACAAGCAGUGGCUGCGAAACCCCAGUAAGAGAAUGAGUGAAAGAGACCUACGAAGUUUGAGCAAAUGGGUAUUGGUGCUCACUCUCUGCCUUAUCACGCUAUGGGGAAGAUUGACACUGGCCUCAUCACAUCACAGAAGCCAUUCAGUGCACAUAGAGCCUGGCACAUGCGAAGUCAUCGCCGCCCACAGAUGCUGCAAUAAGAACAAGAUUGAAGAGCGCUCCCAGACGGUGAAAUGCUCCUGCUUCCCGGGGCAGGUGGCGGGGACGACUCGCGCAGCUCCCUCCUGCGUGGAUGCCUCCAUAGUCCUCCAGAAGUGGUGGUGUCAGAUGGAGCCAUGUCUAGAAGGGGAGGAGUGUAAGGUGCUGCCAGACUUGUCGGGAUGGAGCUGCAGUACUGGCAACAAAGUCAAGACGACCAAGGUCACCCGGUAG